AUGUCAUCAAUGUUUGAUAAAGGAUGGAUGAAAUGUGCGCGUACUUCUGUUCAAUACAUAGAAGGUGUAAGAUCAUUCAUAGAGUUUGUGCGCAAAAAUGGUGGUGGCAGAACGAAGUUCUCCUGUCCUUGUAACAGUUGUAAGAAUGGUAAAGGACCUCUAUCUCUAGGUGAAAUUGAUUAUCAUUUGGUCAAGAAUGGUGUUCAGUUGACCUAUACAACGUGGCGUUUCCAUGGGGAAAAGUCACAUAAAGAUAAACCUAGAAGUGAUAGUGUAGGAGUUGCAGUUGAAAACGUAGGAAUUGGAGUUGACAAUCUAGGAAAUUCAGCUGAGAAUGUGGAAGGUUUUGCUGAGAAGUUUAAUCCUGCUUGUAGUGUAGAUGAGAAUGUUGGCGUACAUAGUAGGGUUCACAAAGAUGAUGGAACUAGUAGUAGCAAGAAAAAAAGAUAUUUUUAUAAGCGUGCUAGAGAACCUUUAUAUCCUUCAUGUCCCAAGGAAAAGACACCACUGUGUGCUGCUAUUAAACUAAACAACAUAAAGACCCAAUAUGGAUUUUCUGACAAUGGUGUCACUGCAAUCUUAGAAUUGUUUAAGGAGUUACUUCCUGAUGGAAGUACACUACCCUGUAAGUUCCAUGAUGUAAAAAAGUUGAUACCGGAACUGGGGAUGGACUACAUAACCUAUGAUGCAUGCAUAAAUGAUUGUAUUUUAUACUGGAAGGAUCAUGCAUCAUUGGUUAAGUGUCAUGUGUGUCAAGAACCUAGGUAUGAGAAGGUAUUUAAUGACGAUAGGAAGCUUACGCAAGUUGCUCGCAAGACGUUAAGACAUUUUCCAUUGAUAAAAAGGCUGCAAAGGUUCUAUAACAUACCAUGGAUAGCAGAGGCAAUGUAUUGGCAUUCCAGAGCAUAG